GCAUACAGACAGUUUAGUAUCCAGCACCAUGGGUGGCUUCUAACCAGCUGUGACAGCAGCGCUGAGGACGCGCACAGACUCACAUCACUCAAGUGUUCUGAUAAAAUCUGAGAGCGGGGUGGGUGUGGGCCUGGGUUUAAUUCAUUCCUGGGCGGGCCCUACGGGCAAGCUCCCAAGGAGCGCUCUGCCAUUGGCCACUGAGUCGGUGCUUCAGUAUCAGGCAAGUGCGCAGGCGCGAAGCGCUGAAGGAGGCGCAUGCGUUCUGAGAUCUGCUCCUCGGCAUGGGUUCCCUGCUCCCUCUCCUGUUGCUGCUGUGGCUCCUGUCCGGGCACCGGCUUCAGCUAGGACAUGCCCAGGAUCCAGCCAUGGUGCAUCUGCCAGGUGGCCGAUUUCUGAUGGGGACAGAUGCUCCAGAUGGCAGAGAUGGUGAAGGGCCUGCCCGGGAAGUGACAGUAAAACCCUUUGCCAUCGACAUAUUUCCAGUCACCAAUAAAGACUUCAGGGAGUUCGUCAGGGAGAAAAAGUACCAGACUGAAGCUGAAACAUUCGGGUGGAGCUUUGUCUUUGAGGAUUUUGUCUCCCCUGAGCUCAGAAGGCAAGCAAGCCAGAUGCCGGCUGUUCUCUGGUGGCUACCAGUGCAAAAGGCAUUUUGGAGGCAGCCUGCAGGUCCCGGCUCUGGCAUCCGAGAGAAACUGGAGCUUCCGGUGGUACACGUGAGCUGGAAGGACGCCGGCGCUUACUGCGCAUGGCGGGGGAAACGCUUGCCCACUGAGGAGGAGUGGGAGUUUGCAGCCCGAGGGGGCUUGAAGGGUCAGGUUUAUCCAUGGGGGAACCGGUUCCAGCCAAACCGCACCAACUUGUGGCAGGGAAAGUUCCCCAAGGGUGACAGAGCUGAAGAUGGUUUCCAUGGACUGUCACCAGUGAACGCUUUCCCCCCACAGAACAACUACGGACUCUACGACCUCAUGGGCAACGUGUGGGAAUGGACAGCGUCCACAUACCAACCUGCUGGCCAGGACAUGCGUGUCCUCCGGGGGGCAUCAUGGAUCGACACCGCAGACGGCUCUGCGAAUCACCGGGCUCGGGUCACCACAAGGAUGGGAAACACCCCAGAUUCAGCCUCAGACAACCUGGGCUUCCGCUGCGCCUCCGGUGCAGGCCGACUGAAGGAGGAUCUGUGAACAGCCAGAUGGAGAUGGAGAGAGCAGCCCCUCAGUGCUGUAUCUUCCUGAGUGUAUUCCAGAGGCAACUGGAUACCAAGCUCAUCCAUCUGCGGGGUGCCCUUUUGAGCCCCUCCCCUCCGAGAGACACCUCCUAAGAAGAAUGCUCAGACUGCAAGAAGGGACUGCGGUAGGCUGGACGAUGAGGGUCUGGAUGCUCAAGGCUGGGAGCUGAGCUGUCUCUUAAGUGCAGUAGUAUUAAGGAAGCAAACACUUCAAUAUCUGGAGCAGUUCUCUGAAAGACAGCCUUUAAAACCUCUCCCUUUUUGCUUUCUCCCUGGCUGAUUCAGCUUUCACUUUUCCUGGGAAAUUCUGCAGAAGGAAAAUGCUUCUCUUGUGAAACAUUUCCAAAGCUUUUGGUGCCAGAACCCAGCCUCGUUGUCCUCUGAAAUGAGAUACUCAGUGUGUGGCAAGGCUGGUCUCGAACUCCCAAUCCUCCUACCUCAGCUUCCUGAGUGCUGGGAUUACACACAGUGCCCACUAUUAAAAAGCCCCGGUAGAGCAGAUUAUUUAUGAGGUGAAGCUGUGCAUUGUGGGAGAACCAAAGGCAGUGCUCUGCUGGGAAGGCAAAUGCCAGAAACUUCUCUGAGAGUUAGUUAAUCAUGUAGGGCCUUCUGUGUACCCUGCAAAUAUGUCCCUGGAGAAGAACUGGAUCUUGUGAGGUCAAUAAAUUCUUACAUAUAUCAGGAA